AUGCUCCAUAUGGUCCCCCCCCCUUUUCCUCCGUCGCGUCGUCGAGCCCUUCUCGGCGGCGGGAACAUCUUUCCUCUUCCUCAUCGAUAUGAUGUUCAUAGCGAUGGCGCAUAUGGAAAGAACUUGACCCAUUCGUCCGAGGCGAAGUCGAGGUCCAUCAUCUCGCCGAGCAGAUCGUCGAUCUCCUUAUGCUCGGACACCGAAAUGGCGGGCGUCAUCGCGCAGUUCGCUCGCCCAGCAUGGUGGCAUAAAGUGAUUCUUCCUCGGCGGCGGCGUGGCUCUGAAUCUCGAUGCGGAACGCCUCGAACAGCUUCUGCGCUUGGCGCCGUCACCCUUCAGCUCGGCGAGUUCCUUCAGCAUCUCACGCUGCUUGUCGGUCGCGCUUCAGAUCGGCAUAGAUAUCGGCGGUGGCCAUCGAAUCUCCUUCGCGAGGCCCAACGGCGAAGCGCGGCGGGCGUUUCAUCCGCGAGUCACUUCACUCGCGAAAAGUUCGAGCUGUUCCCGCUUGGCGCGACCGGGCGCCAGUCCUCGGUGAUCAGGAAAGGGCGGAGCUUGGCGAUCGACACGGUCAGCCGCCCGACAUCCUCCAGCCGCAGCCGCCGCCAUUGGCGCGAGGCGAUGAUCCGAUCGACCGCCUUCACCCCCUGUGCCGGGAACGCGCAGCAGCAUCUCACGAGGCGCGCGCGCCUGUGCGAGCUUGGGAUCGAUAUCGAGCGGCAGCAUGCCCGUCGCCCUCAUCGGCGGCGGCGGCCACUUCGCGCGGUUGAUAGUCGUAGCGCAUCAGCCAGUCGGACUGGUACAGCCGAUGCUCGCGCAUCAGCGGCGGACGUUGCAGCGGCAGCAGCGGCGGGAGGCAUCGGGGAUCGGGCUGAACGCCGAAUAAUAGACGCGGCGCAGACGGAAACGAUCAUAGAGCGUCGCGGCGCGCCCGACGAUAUCGCGGUCGGUGGCGGCAUCGGCGCCGACGAUCAUCUGGGUCGACUGGCCGCGCAGGCGCGAAGCCGGGGGGCGGAUUUGUACUUUGGCCGCGUCCUGCCGAUCGUCGAUCGCGGUCUUCACAUCGGCCAUCGCGCCUUCGAUGCGGGUGGCGUCCUUUUUCGGGGCGAGGCGUUGAGCUCGCCGACCGUCGGCAGCUCGACAUUGAUCGACACACGAUCGGCAUGGACCCCCGCCAGUCGGACCAGUUCGGGAUCGGCAUCGGGGAUCGUCUUCAGGUGCCAGCGUCAGGUUCACCACCUCCUGCGCCGUGAAGCGCGCACGGCGGACAUUGGAGGACUUGCGAUUGAUGCAAUAAUGGCAGUCGAAGAUGCAGCUAUUGGUCAGCAGGAUCUUCAACAGCGAGAUGCAGCGGCCAUCGGGCGCAUAGGCGUGGCAGAUCCCCAUCCCCUCGGUCGAUCCGAUCCCCUUGCCGUCGCGGCUGUUGCGUUUGGACGUGCCCGAAGAGGCGCAGGAUGCGUCAUAUUUCGCGGCAUCGGCCAGAUCGCCAGCUUCUCACGCGACAAGCGGAACCCCCGCCGGUCAUCGACCGUACAGACCAUCUGA